AUGGCAUCUCCUCUAUGCAGAGCGGCCUCCGCGAACGUUCUGACUGCUCAGGACCAAGUUUCCACGCCUUCCUCCAAGGUCAAAGGCAGUCAGGUUCAGGCUAAGGGCGGCCACCCCCGAGGCAAGGGUGCUGCCCAGGCCUGGUACCCGGCCCACUCCAAGUCGGGAUCCCGCCCCGCUAGCGGAGUGAAGCCCUCUGUGCACACACAGGUGGCUGAGUUACAAAGGAAGAUACAACUCUUAGAGGGCGACCGGAAGGCGUUUUAUGAGAGCUCCCAGUGGAACAUCAAGAAGAACCAGGAGACCAUCAACCAGCUCAGAGAGGAGAUCAAGGCACUGCAAAUACAGCUGGCAAAACUGCUCCAGGAAGAUGAGAAAGUGGUCCAGACAGUGAUUCGGGAAUGGAAGUCAGAGAAGCCGUACCUGAAGAACAGAACAGGCCAGGCCCUGGAGCUCCUCGACUACCGACUGCGUGAAAAGGUGAAGCAAUUGAACGCUCUGCGCCACGAGGUGGAGUUGCGGCAGAAGCGGCUGGAGGAACUCCAGCUGCAACACAGCCUGCGUGAGCUCGAGAUGGCCGAGCUGCAAGACAGCAACACGGAGGUUGCUAAGACCAUGAGAAACCUGGAAAACCGCCUAGAAAAGGCCCGGAUGAAGGCGGAAGAGGCGGAACACAUCACCAGUGUGUACCUGCAGCUCAAGGCCUAUCUGCAGGAGGAGAGCCUUAACUUGGAGAACCGGCUGGAUACUAUGGAGGCUGAGGUGGUGCGAACGAAACAUGAGCUGGAAGAGCUGCACCUGGUGAACCAGGAGGCGCUCAAUGCCAGGAACAUCGCCAAGAAUCAGUUGCAAUAUCUAGAGGAGACGGUGUACCGAGAGCGCAAGGAGCGUGAGCGCUACAUAACCGAGUGCAAGAAGCGAGCAGAGGAGAGGAAACUGCAGAAUGAGCGCAUGGAACGAAAGACCCAGCGUGAGCACAUGCUGCUGCAGUCCGAGGACAUGACCCAGGAUAAGCUGCAAGCCAAGGAGGAGCUGUGGCAUCGCUGGAACAUGUACCAGAUGGAAGUGAUCUUCGACAAGGUCAAGGACGCCACUGGUGUGGCCGACACACACUCGGUGGUCCGGCGGUUUCUGGCCCAGGGCGACACCUUCACCCAGUUGGAGGCCCUCAAGAGGGAGAAUGAGGAGACGCUGGUGAGGCUGAAGCAAGAGAAGCAGAGGCUGCAGCAGGAACUCGAACGCCUCAAGUAUUCCGGGGAGCAUACGCUGGUGAGCGAGCAGCAGCUGCUAGCCGAGCUUCAGGGGUGCCUCAGAACCGAGGAGCAGCGGCGCACUGACGCACAACAACAGCUAGAGCGCACCAAGCGGGCGAUGCAACUGGUCAAGGAGGGCCUCGAGCAACUGGCCGGCAAGCUGCACUACGUCACGGUGGACGGCAGCCGCUACGCUGGUAAGGAGCUGGAUCCCCACGCCACUAACUACUUGCCAGACCUGCUGGGCGUGGUAGAGGAAAAGCUGUUGAAGCUGUGCAAGCAGCUUGAAAGCCUCGACCUGCCGGUGAUGUUGGAACACGUCUCGGAUCGCGAGUUCUACGCCAGUUUAGAGGGAAGGCUGCCCCUGUGCAACACCCGCAUCGAACUGCCCCUUGUCAGUUCCAAGGACAAGUUCUUCGACGAGGAGGAGAGUGAGGACGACGACAACCACGUGGUGACUCGUGCGGCACUCAAGAUCCGUUCCCAGAAAUUCAUCGAAUCCCGCAGCAAGAGGCGCAGUCGCUCGCGGAGGUCCUAG